UGUGACUCACCUGGUUUGGCUGAAUGGGGUUGCUGGUGAGAUUGCAUUUAGCAUUCAUUGCAAAACGAUUACCACAGCUUCAUUAACAUCCAUCUUUUAUUGUUGUACGUUUGUCUAACUGGUGUCGGGUUUUUAUUUCCUAACACAGUGCUGAAUUCCUAGUAGGUCCACAAUAAAGACCUCUCACAUUGUGAGUCACUUCAGGAGUGAAUCUCAGAGGAAACAGUGGGCUUUCAGAUAAUAACUCCAUCUGUUUUCCUUGCCUUUUUCUGCACACGAGGCUGGUGGUACUUUUGCAUGUGUAAAUUUUGGCCAACCUGGACGACGUGAAGAUAAACUUAGUCCUAGUGUCCCUUUACCCGUGGAAAAUACAGAUGUGCAGUCAAGACCCUGUAACGUAUGUUUGUUUGUCACCAACUCUGAGGGGCAGCCUUGGAAGAUCACUGGGGGAAAUGCCACACCUGAGCCCUUAUAGGACGGGCAUAGGACUUGCACCCCCUCUAGAGGGCGUCCGUUUGGGGAUUGAGAGACCCCGAGGUGCAUGAGGUGGUACGGGCAGAAGGGAGUCCCCACUGUAGGGCACCUCCUAGCUGUUCCCUGGGCCUUUCUCCCCGUCUCCGUUCAUCCUUCACUGAAGCUGCUGGCUCUCUGCCUUCCCAUCUGUGUGUCACCGCACCUGUCCACCCUUCCUGACUACCUUUUCUACCUGUCCCCUCAGCGCCAUCUCCAGCCUGAUGACUCUGGAGCAUGCAGUUCUGUCCCCUGCAGCCCUGCACAGCUGCUCGUGGGAUGCACGGCCUUGUUUGCAGUUUCAUGGACCUGGGCUUGAGCUCAGGCUUUGCCAGGAACUCGCCAAACGACCUCAUGCAAAUCACAUUCGUUAUCUCCACAGACCCCAGUUUUCUCACCUGGGAGAGGAUCUCCUGGGACACUGUAAAAUGUGAAUUCUAGGAGAGCCAAGACAGUGAUAAAACCUGGCGUUUCCCACCUGUGGGAUGUCCCCCCCUCGGGGACAGCUCCUCAGUUGGCCUCAUGUCUCUGCAGCUCCCCUGACACCUGCCUUGCAUGUAUCUGUUUCAGGGCUGGGAGAGGGCUCUGCCCUCCUUCAUCCGGACAGCAGGUCCCACCCCAGGUCCUUGGAGAAAAGUGCCUGGAGGGCUUUCAAGGAAUCCCAGUGUCACCACAUGCUCAAACAUCUCCACAAUGGUGCCAGGAUCACUGUGCAGAUGCCGCCUGCCAUCGAGGGCCACUGGGUGUCCACCAGCUGUGAGGUGCGGUCGGGCCCCGAGUUCAUCACCAGGUCCUACCGGUUCUACCACAACAACACGUUCAAGGCCUACCAGUUCUACUAUGGCGGCAACCGCUGCACCAGCCCCACCUACACGCUGGUGGUCCGCGGCAAGAUCCGCCUGCGCCAGGCCUCCUGGAUCAUCCGCGGCGGCACCGAGGCUGACUACCAGCUGCACCGCGUGCAGGUCGUGUGCCACUCAGAGGCCGUGGCGGAGCGGCUCGGCCAGCUGGUCAACCGCACGUGCCCUGGCUUCGUGCCCGCCGGCGGUCCCUGGGUGCAGGACGUGCCCUACGACCUGUGGCGGGAGGAGGGCGGCCGUGAGUGCACCCGGGCCGUGAACUUUGCCAUGCACGAGCUGCAGCUGGUCCGCGUGGAGAAGCAGUACCUGCAGCACAACCUGGACCGCCUGGUGGAGGAGCUCUUCCUGGGUGACAUCCACACUGACGCCUCCCAGAGGAUGUUCUACAGGCCGUCCAGCUACCAGCCCCCGCUGCAGAAUGCCAAGAACCACGACCGCGCCUGCAUCGCCUGCCGCAUCAUCCACCGGUCGGACGAGCACCGGCCGCCCCUGCUGCCCCCUAAGGCGGACCUGACGGUGGGCCUGCACGGCGAGUGGGUGAGCCAGCGCUGCGAGGUGCGGCCAGAGGUCCUCUUCCUCACGCGCCACUUCAUCUUCCACGACAACAACCACACCUGGGAGGGGCACUACUACCACUACUCCGACCCCGUGUGCAAGCAUCCCACCUUCACCAUCUACGCCAAGGGUCGCUACAGCCGCGGCGUGCACUCCGCCAGGGUCAUGGGCGGCACGGAGUUCGUGUUCAAAGUGAACCACAUGAAGGUCACCCCCAUGGACGCGGCCACUGCCUCGCUGCUCAAUGUCUUCAACGGGAACGAGUGCGGGGCCGAGGGCUCCUGGCAGGUGGGUGUCCAGCAGGACGUGACCCACACCAAUGGCUGUGUGGCACUGGGCAUCAAACUACCUCACACGGAAUACGAGAUCUUCAAGAUGGAGCAGGAUGCCCGCGGCCACUACCUGCUCUUCAAUGGCCAGAGGCCCAGCGACGGCUCCAGCCCGGACAGGCCCGAGAAGAGAGCCACAUCCUACCAGAUGCCCUUGGUCCAGUGCGCCUCCUCAGCGCCCAGGGCUGAGGACUUCUCUGAGGACUCCGGGCAGCAUCAGCACCGGAGCUGGGCACCCGGGAGCGGCCCGUGUCCCCUGCUGCUGGCUGGGCUCGCUGGCCUUUGGACUCUGCAGCCCUGGCACAGUCUUGGAUAGAAGCGCUUACAGAGUUUGAUUUUUCCAAACCGGGAUGCCUUACAAUUUACAGAUUUUCUUUACAAAAAGAAAAGACACUUCUUCCUCAGAUGCACUUGAGCGGCUGAGAACAGUCCUUCUCCCCGCCUGGCCCCCGCCCGCCUGGCCUGAGUCAUGAGCUGUUUGAAGUUUUGGCUUUGAACUCCAUCCAGUCGGAUCCCGGGCCCGGGCGUCCUCACCAUAUAAUUGCACUUUAAGACCGCAGAGAGUUUGAGGCGAGCGUUUUGGCAGAGGGAACAGGGUGAGAGCUCGAUCUUCUUUUCUUCCUCUUCAUUAUUAUUGCAUUUCGGGGGGGAACUUAGGAGAAACAGAUAUCAGCUUCAGCUUUUCCUUCUGCUUCACUGCGGUUGCUUUCUGCUCCUUUGAGCCUGUUUCACUCUCCGAGUUUUCCAACCUGGAAUGCAGUGCAGAGUUGGUUUGGGACUGCGAUCCAGACACCUCUGAUUAAAUAAAGAAGAGAUAGGGGUGCAGGACAAGACACUGGUGUAACGGAACCACCUUGACAGCUUUAUGCAAAAAGAGAGCAAAUCCACACUUUCAAAUGUUGAAAAGUAUCUGUAAUUAAAGUUUCAGAGUCAUUUAAACGUUGGUUGUUUUCACUUGUUGGGAGAUGUUGGUGCUGGUCUCUGGGCGGCUGCAGGAUGCACGCUGCUCUACCUGCCCGGGGGACAGGGUGCUGGAGUACGUGUCAGAUGGAGGCUGUCCCGCUACAGACGGACAGGAGCAGCAGUGCAGGGAGGGUGACGGUGCAUGAUGCUGACCUGAGUGACGCAGUGCCCAUUCGGUCUGGCCUCAUCUCCGUGGGACCCCAUCCCGGCUCACGUCGUGUCUGGAGCUGCACUGUGCCAUCUCUGUCACUUCAAAGACCAAGACUCAGAGGCCACGUUUGGGUGCCACGGGCCUGGCUGUGCAGAGAAGGCGGUGGGGGGAUCCUAGCCGGGUGCCCCACGAGACCAUCCACCCUCCUCACGGGCCGGGCCGGCCCAACCCAGCUCUGUCACUGCAGAGGGUCUCAGGGCACCUUCUACAGAGUCUGUGAGGGUGCGUGAGUCACGCCUGCGUGUCACUUUGGAUUAUUACGAAUGGUGCGCUCAGGACGCCAGAGGUGGUUGCCAGGGGAGACCGAUGGAGGGAAAUGGUGAAUAACCGACAGAAAGCCUGGACAUAACUAAAGACCAGUGUGGAAACCACGGUCAAGGUCUAGAGUCACACCUAUAUUUAAGAGUUACCUUUACGAGAUGCUGUGAUAUUAAGUUAUAAGUGGGGCGUGGAGGACCACAGUGCUUUAUCUCUAGAUGAUAUUUUACGUUGUGGUUGAGGGGGUUUAUUCAAAUGAAAGUACUAACUUAAUGUCUGCCAAGUUUAAUAAACAGAGAU